AUGCCAGACAAUGAUACCGACCCCUCCUCUCAACCCCGGUUUGUCAUUCCUACGGGGACGGAAUACAAAUCGGGGGGAGUCAGCAAACAAACUGUAUCUUUGAGACCCAGAACAAACGAGACUAUCACUCUGAAUACCGAAAUUGAUUAUGAUCCUCCUCACUAUAGAGAAGAUGGUGAGACCAUCUGGGAGGAACCGCUCAUACGUCCGGCUCUCCCCCCUACCCGCGACCCAUCUCAGGCAGAACGUAUUCUUAGCGACAUUGAGAGUGCAUUCGCCAGAUUCAGGGAAAGCCAGCGCACCAGGACCGAAAACGAAUACCUCACUCUUUCCUAUUCGGAGAUGUACAAUUCCUUCAUAAAUACGAUCGAGAGUCUCUAUGGAGAUGUUCUUGGAACCGUCGAGAAAGAUCUUACCCAAGCGAUGAGCUUUGCUGCGGCUCAUAUUGCAGCUGAGGAUGAUGAUGAGGUGCCGGCGUAUACGGAAAACGAGGUGAAACAGAUCACAGCCAGACUCGCAAGAACACACGUGAUUUCCAUUCUCAAGAAUACCGACAUUGCAAAUGAAGCUACGCAGGUCUAUCUCAAGCGUAUGUCAGAUCUUUCAAAGAUUCACAUGGAUAGGACGAUUCUCGGGAGCAAGGCGACGGUUGUUUGGGAUGAUCACGGAGCCAGGAUGAUGGUUGUGACCGGGAAUCUUCUGGAGCCGAACAGAAGUCGUGAUGAUCAGGAUCAUGUCGAUCAUCAUGUGACUGAUGCUCCGCCUGAGCUGGUACUGGAAGAAGACACAGAAAGGCAGUCUUGGGCCGCUAUGAAUAAUUGUGGGUCAGUUGUGUUUGAAGAUGCCAACGGCGCAAUUUACGAUUUCGGUUUUGAUUAG